AUGCAGAACCUGUAUCUUUGUCCAAUGGUGAAAAGAGAAAGGUAAUGUCCACUAAAACAGAGGAAGCAGGAUUAGAAGAUGUGCCACAGUCCCAGAUGGUAUCUAAAGAUGUACAUGCUUCAUACAAGAACAUCAAGCCUACCAUUAAAAGCAAAGAUACAGCUCUCAAAAAACAAAAAUGGUGGAAGCGAGAAAAGAAACAAAUAUCAGAUUCACAAUGCCAUAUGUCAUCAGAGAAAUUGAAGGAGAGUGUUGAUGGCAUGGAAAAAAGCCAUGGACAGAGUGUCUCUAAGAAAUCUACAGAAGUUUGUGCUUCCAGUGUAUCUAGUGGAUCCUAUACACAAGCAAACAAUGGAACAAAGGAACAUGGAGAAGAUGCAGAACCUGUAUCUUCAUCCAAUGGUAAAAAGGGAAAGGUAAUGUCCACUAAAACAGAGGAAGCAGGAUUAGAAGAUGUGCCACAGUCCCAGAUGGGAGACUUCCGGUUCAGCAGCAGCUACCUGGGAGGUAGCAAAGGAAUUCACCUCAGAGGAGACUUCCGGUUCAGCAGCAACUACCUCGGAGGUAGCAAAGGAAUUCACUUCAGAGCAGCAGCUACCUCGGAGGUAGCAAAGGAAUUCACCUCAGAGGUAAUUGAGGCCUUGCACAGAGAGGAGACCUCUGGGAAUUCCCAAGGCACCCUGGAGCCCAACUCCCAUGAGCGAGGGAGUGAAUGCAUGGGUGCACAGCUGCUGGAAGACGUACCUGGAUUUCAUUAA